AAAGAAAAAAGAUGAGGAUUCUUCAGCCUAUGCUGGAGCCGUAGCACACAGAGAUCCAUUUUCGUUUCAUUUUUUUCUUUCCAUCUUCUUCUGCCCGUUUUCCUCCUUCCCAACCAGAGUCGAAGAGUGAUUCAGAGAGACACAGGAGCUUCGGUGGUCACUGUCACCAGGAGCUAUGGCUUUUCAGCGGCGGCGCAACCACUAUUAUCAUCGGUUUAGAUUCUUAAUCCCAUUCAUUUUGGCCAUUAGCGGUAGUCUGCUUCUCUUCUUUGCAGUUCUCUCUUUUCUCGCUCCUUCUCCCAAUGAUUCCGAUCAUUCCCGCCGCAUUCCUCCGGUUCAGUUCGAUGCUGCUUCCGUCGAGGAGAUUGGAGUUUCGCAUUUUCGCGUUCCGCGCAAUGGAGCGAGAUCCGCCCGUGAUCUUUGGACUUCCAGAAAUGCGAAGUUCUACUCUGGAUGUACUAAUGCUAGCAAUAAGUUUCAGAAGGCUAGUGCUAUUACACACCCGAAUCGAUAUCUGCUGAUCGCAACUAGUGGAGGUUUAAAUCAACAAAGAACUGGGAUAACAGAUGCAGUUGUUGCUGCACGAAUAUUAAAUGCUACCCUUGUUGUGCCUAAGCUUGAUCAGAAGUCCUUUUGGAGGGACUCCAGCAACUUUUCAGAGAUCUUCGAUGUUGAUUGGUUUGUGUCAUUCCUUUCAAGAGAUGUGAAAAUCAUUCAUCAGCUACCAAAGAGGGGUGGAAAAACAUGGAAUACGCACUCAAUGCGUGUCCCUAGGAAGUGUAGUGAAAGAUGUUAUCAGACCCGUGUAUUACCUGUUCUUUUGAAAAGGCAUGCUAUUCAGCUCUCCAAGUUCGAUUAUAGACUUGCAAACAGGUUGGAGACAGAUUUACAGAAACUGAGAUGUAGAGUUAACUACCAUGCCUUGAAAUUCACAGACCCAAUACAGAAAAUGGGUGAAAACUUGGUCCAACGAAUGCGAGCAAGAAGCAAGCAUUACAUUGCUUUGCAUCUCAGGUUUGAACCAGAUAUGCUAGCAUUCUCAGGUUGCUAUUAUGGUGGAGGUGAAAAGGAAAGGGGAGAACUUGGAGCGAUUCGAAGGCGAUGGAAAACAUUACAUCAAACAAGCAAUCCUGAUAAAGAGAGGAGGCAUGGAAAAUGUCCACUGACUCCAGAAGAGGUUGGUUUGAUGUUGAGAGCACUCGGAUAUGGGCAGGAUGUUCAUAUCUAUGUGGCAUCUGGAGAAGUUUAUGGAGGGGAAGAGACGCUAGCCCCUUUGAAAGCCCUUUUUCCUAAUUUCCAUUCGAAAGAGACCAUAGCUUCCAAGGAGGAAUUGGAGAAAUUUUCUUCAUAUUCUUCUCGCAUGGCUGCACUUGAUUUCAUUGUCUGCGAUGAGAGCGAUGUAUUUGUCACAAACAAUAAUGGUAAUAUGGCAAGGAUAUUGGCUGGAAGAAGAAGAUACUUCGGACACAAGCCUACCAUUCGUCCAAAUGCCAAAAAGCUGUAUAGGUUGUUCUUGAACAGAGCCAACAUGACAUGGAGAGCAUUUUCCUCCAGGGUUAGAACUUAUCAGAGAGGCUUCAUGGGGGAGCCAAAUGAGGUGAGGCCAGGGAGGGGUGAAUUUCAUGAAAACCCAUCGCCUUGUAUUUGUGCAGAUACGAAGCCUCGUCCGAAUUCUGACUCGGGAACCAGAACAUAUGGUAAGGGUGAUAUUAUUACACCAAGGAGAGAUGAGCCUGCGACGAUAGACGACCAAAAUAAUGAUUAUGAGUCAGAACGUGGCGACUCAGAUGAAGAGGAAGAACCAGCUGAUUUUCAAGAUAAAGGUCCUUUCAACGCAACAAGUUUGGAUUAUGAUGCAAAUAACUCUGAGGAGCCUGAAUUGGAAGAGAUGCUCUCCGACUAAACAAAGCUGUUUGCUGAUCCUUACUCAUGUUAGUACUUUACUAAACCCUUCACUCACAAACAAACUUUGCACCCCCCAACCUUGAAACGAAUCGAGAGUGAGAUCCCCAUAGAACAUUUUUGAUUCAACAAAACCUGUUGAUUUUGGUACGUGUGUCAUCCUGUAUAUAACACCCUAUCCCCAUCCCCAACCCCAUCCAGAGCCAAGAAAACAGUGUCCCAUGUUUUGAAAAAUCAUUACACGUUCUUUUCGGCCGCGUUUUUUGAACAGUCAGAUCUCGCCUCAUGAAUUUGAGUAUCUCAGCAAAGUGUUAUGGAGGGCUUUUGCAAUCAAGGUUGGUGGGUGGGUUAGGUAGGUAAGAGGAGGCUAAGAGGAGGAGCUUGCAGGAAGCAGAGAAAUUCGUUGCCGUUGUCAGGUUCUUCUGAGGUAGGGCUUUGAAACCUUGCCUGUACAUUUAUUCAGUGAUAUUCUCAAGUGAUUUUGCCGUGUGAAAUUAGGCUUUGUGUGCGUUCUCUUCAUUUUGUAGGGAUGGGUUUCUAGUUUGAAUACGAUUAUUACCCCUUCAAAUUUUGCUUACCCCUUCUAGUCUCUCGUAGAUUGAUUAGCCCUUCCAGCA